AUGCCUUACAAUGUAUUUUCACAUCUAACAUUCACACCCUUAGGUUUCCUCGAUAGUGAUGUCACUGUAGACGACGCAUUCAGCAUUCCUAUUGACAUGCCUUACAAUGUAUUCUCACAUCUAACAUUCACAUCCUUAGGUUUCCUCGAUAGUGAUGUCACUGUAGACGACGCAUUCAGCAUUCCUAUUGACAUGCCUUACAAUGUAUUUUCACAUCUAACAUUCACAUCCUUAGGUUUCCUCGAUAGUGAUGUCACUGUAGACGACGCAUUCAGCAUUCCUAUUGACAUGCCUUACAAUGUAUUCUCACAUCUAACAUUCACACCCUUAGGUUUCCUCGAUAGUGAUGUCACUGUAGACGACGCAUUCAGCAUUCCUAUUGACAUGUCUUACAAUGUAUUCUCACAUCUAACAUUCACACCCUUAGGUUUCCUCGAUAGUGAUGUCACUGUAGACGACGACGCAUUCAACAUUCCUAUUGACAUGUCUUACAAUGUAUUCUCACAUCUAACAUUCACACCCUUAGGUUUCCUCGAUAGUGAUAUCACUGUAGACGACGCAUUCAGCAUUCCUAUUGACAUGUCUUACAAUGUAUUCUCACAUCUAACAUUCACACCCUUAGGUUGUCUCGAUAGUGAUGUCACUGUAGACGACGCAUUCAGCAUGCUUACUGAAAUGGUUUCAAUGGAACUAGGCUAG